CUCCCCCUUUUUACCCCGGGGUCCGACAGGAACCCCCCCUGGCGAGGCAUGGAGCCCACCCCCGAGUGCCAGCAGGAGACCCCAGCCCUGACGGAGGCAGCUGCCAAGUUCCUGAACUUCAUCGGGCCGGAGGACCUGGAGCGCUGCCUUUUCACCGAGAUGCUGGAUGUGGUGGCAGCAGGGGGGCAGCCGAGGGACCAGGCAGUGGGUCGGUGGUGGGUGUCAGCCCGGUGGGCACCCUACAAGCGGCCAGGGGAGCUGGUGCGGAGCUGCCUCCUGGUGCAAGCCACCUCCCGCAGAAGGCAGGAUGGGGUGUCCUGCUCCAGCACCCUCAAAGCCUAUGUGACCACGCAGCUGGAGACCCUGGAGCAGGAGGAAGAGGAGCACCUGGAGCUCAGAACACACCCGGUACAGAAGAGGACUCACAUGGUGAGCCACCAGCAUGGGAUGACUGUCACCAAGACCCUCCAGGAGGGAGAGGCAGAGCCGCAGUGCUGGAGCUUCUCCUACAGCCGGGAUGAGCUGCGGGGGCUGCUGCCAGAGGGUGCCAGCCUCCUGCUGCUGCGGGUGCUGGCGUGUCGGUGGGCAGUGCCCCCCGGCCUCAUCUUCCCAGCCAUCAACACCGAGGGCCACCUCUGCACCUCCAGCUACCGUGCCCUGGGCACCCAGCAGCAGGCGGUGGGCUCGGCAGAGGUGGAGGUGUUUGUGAUCGAGAGAGCCCUGCAUGCCAGCGCGGGCACCUCCACCGUCUGGCACAGCAGCUUCCUCCCCAACGGGUAUUUGGCUCAGCAGGUGGAGGUCGGGUGCCCAACGAUGGUGCUUCUGCGGGAUGAGUCCAUCCUGAGCAAGACAGGUGGGGUGGAGCAGCAACCCCCCUUCCCCAAACAGCCCCUGGACUGGGAGGAGGACAUCCAGCUCUACUCCUGGUUCCUGGACAGGAAGGCGGAGCUGCAGGUGUCCCACGCCACGUACAUCCAGCAGCACCCCGAGCUCUGGGCACUGCUGGCCGACUUCCUCCAGGCCCUGCUCCUGCAUCAGCCCCGUGACCCCAUCUCCUUUGCCGCCCAAUUCUUCACCCCCUUCGCCCGCCAGCAGCCCCCCAUGGCCCGCCUCGCCUCUGCUGGGCCUGCCAGGACCCAGGCAUCCUGCCCCCCUCCUGGCUGUUCUAGUCCCCUCCUGGGGGGGUGA